AUCAGAUAUUUACAUUGUUUUUUUAAUCAGAAAUUUUGAGACAAUAACAGAGAGUCGUUAUGGUAGUGGUUUUGAGUUGUGUGCAAUGUAUCUCCACCCCAAUCCCACUUCACAUCUCUUCUUCUUCUUCUUCAAAUAAUGGUAAUAGUAAUAAGAGGCUUCUCACGAGACGUAACACACUAGUCUUCACUACCUCUUUGUUGGCUUCUUAUCUCCAAUUAUAUCAAACCUCAAAUCAUUCUUCUUCUCACUCCGCCAAUGCCGAUGAGCUCGACCCAGAUGAAGAUCGCGUCGUCCACCUAUUCCAGGACACUUCACCAUCAGUCGUCUUCAUCAAGGACCUUGAAUUAGUGAAAAGCUCCAAGAACUCAGAUGAUAGCAUGCUAAUUGAAGACGAAAAUGUGAAAGUGGAAGGGACAGGUUCCGGCUUCAUUUGGGAUAAAUUUGGACACAUUGUAACUAAUUAUCAUGUUAUUAUGAAGUUGGCAACAGAUAGAAGUGGACUACAACGCUGUAAGGUGCUUCUAGCUGAUGCAAAAGGCAAUAGCUUUUCAAGGGAAGCUAAGAUUGUUGGUUUUGAUCCAGCAUAUGAUCUUGCUGUUCUGAAGGUUGAUGUUGAAGGGAAUGAACUAAAACCAGCCAUUCUUGGUACAUCUCAUGAUUUGCAUGUGGGUCAGAGCUGCUUUGCUAUUGGAAAUCCGUAUGGAUAUGAGAAUACUCUAACAACAGGGGUAGUUAGUGGAUUGGGCAGGGAGAUACCAUCACCAAAUGGACAAGCUAUCCGAGGAGCUAUACAAACUGAUGCUGCUAUUAAUUCAGGAAAUUCAGGUGGGCCUUUAAUUGAUUCAUAUGGUCACGUUAUUGGAGUUAAUACGGCAACUUUUACUCGCAGAGUUAAUCAUUCUGGAAAGAUGGCCCUUUUGCAACACUGUGAAUGUUAAUUGAGGACAGGAAUGUCCUCUGGUGUUAACUUUGCAAUUCCUAUCGACACCGUUGUCCGGACUGUACCUUACCUGAUAGUGUAUGGAACACCUUACAAAGACAGGUAUUGAUCAAUUUAAUCGGUUAGAUUGAAGAAAUGCUGUUGUUGGUCCUCCUCUUCGAUAUUUAUGUAAAAGAUUGGUGUUUGAAAAGCUGAUUAAGACCGGAGAUAAGCUAUUUUGCACAUCAAAUGUAUAAAAGUUUUAUUUUUGCUGUGAUUAGACAGGCAUUUACGAAUUAAUAGCAAGGAAAUGUCAAUGAGAUUUUUUUUCAACUACCAUCAAUCUUAGUGAUCUGAAAAGAGCAUUAGGUGUAAGUGGGCUGUCCAUCUAAGCUUUUGUCAGGUCUUAUUAUGAUGCAAGUGUGCAUUUGAUGAUGACUCUCAUUCUUGGUUUCCAAUAAUUUAGCAAAUGAACAGUGAA